AUGCAUGCCUUCUCCAUAGUCACCAUUGGCAUCUUCGUCGCUGGAUAUUCGACUGCCCGCUGGGACCUGGUCACUCACCUCUACGAGCUCGCUAUCUUUGCCUGGGACCGUGGCGUAGUGACGAGAACUGCAAAGGGCUUUGCAUUGCUCACUCUGUUCUUCGUCCUUCUUACACUGCCCGUUGCGCGCAUUGCGACGCGCGAGACAGAACGGCAGCAUCGUGACAUGGUCCACCACUAUGGCUUGAAGCGCAUUUUUUGGCCAUCCGAUGCUCCACGAGACACCGUCCCCGGUGUCCUUGUGGGCUUCAAGAACUCGGAAUUGGACGGGGAUGCGGACGUCGUCGUUGUCGCUGUGCUGCAAGAUGUCGAGCUGCGCCAUGUGGAAAAUGCUUUGCUUGUGGGAACGCUGUUGCGUCGAAGUCCCUACGAUAUUCACGAGCUCCUCAAGCGAUGCGGCCACUCAUCUCUUCACGUCCUGGGCUACGUUAACCCCAAAGUCUCGCCUACCAAAGUCCAUGACGCUCAUUUCCUUCUAUACACCGACUCGGCCAUGCGCUUCCCUCGCCUACAUCAUCUCAUUGGCGGCGACGUUCCCACUCAAGUCAUUGUAUACGACCGGCCGCAUCCGACGCGCAUGCAGCAUCUCUCGCUGAAGCCGAUAUCACUCGCUCUCGGAGACAAGGCAAAUGUCACAGAAUGGCAUACUGGAUUCCAAGAGCUCGAGGAGGCGGAUAAGAAAGAACGGGCAAGGAAGAGAAAGCUGGUCCAAAAGCUGAAACUGCACACGGUCAUAUCACGUCCGUGUACACAGAAGGAGGCAGCACUACAGAAGAUCAUCGAGCAAAUCAACUGUUCCUACGAGAUAAAUGCAUUGCUACAGAAGAAUAUUGGCAUGAUUGGGAGACGUAUGAAGCGUGCGUUGAGCGUUAGCGAACGUGUUGUUGAGUCUGCGAACCAUCUUUGGACUUACAUUUAUCUUUCAGUCAGCCACCUUCUCUGGAUAUGGGUGUGGCCUAUCAUCGCACAUGUCUUCAUCAUCGGCCUGGUUACCCAUCGCAUUCUAGGAGAGGUAAUUAUACAGGUUUUGCACUGGCGACCUGACUCUACAAAUUCGUCUGCACUGAAAGAUAUAUCCGCAACAGCUCAGCAGAUGGAUAUUCGCCUGCAACAAUCCUGCUAUUGGCCCAUUCAGUACCUCACACUACGCAAAAGGAAGGCGAACUGGGAGAGCAUCACGAACGACCACCCAGAGUAUAUCCGCUUCUAUAACAGCCUGUGGUUGGUUGCUAACGACGUCAUCAUGGGUAUCGCUUUGGGGACAUUCAUCAUUGAAAAUGCUACUUUCGUAGCAGCUCAAAUCAACUUGGUCUUCAAUGCAUGGGCUGUCGAUGGGCUUCGACGGAUGAUAUCGUGGCUUAUGGGCUGGCCAGGAGGUCUUAAAUUGAACACUGAGCUCGCUUCAUUCUUGGGUGAUCUGUUCUUGUGGGUGAUUGACUACUGGGCCAGUAAGUACAAGUCAACGCCAUGUUCGGAUGAAGAGCUGACGUUUGUGGAUUGCAUAUCUAUGCUACAACCGCACCUGCCCUCUCUGGUUCAGCUGAUCGGAUUCUCCGCUUUCGCUGGUGCUACGAUGCCUAUUUCCAUCUUCUCGGAUCUUCUCUCUUUAUUGACGCUACACAUCUAUUCGUUUUAUGUUGCAUCCGCACGCAUAUUCCACUGGCAGCUAACAAUCAUUAUAUCCCUCUUCCAUCUCUUCCGCGGCCAGAAGCGCAAUAUACUCCGCAAUCGAAUCGAUUCGUGUGAUUACGAUCUGGACCAGCUUCUCUUAGGGACCAUCUUGUUCACGCUACAGUUCUUCCUCCUACCGACGGUGUUUGUCUUCUACUUGACAUUCGUAAGUGCAAGAAUUAGCGUGAUCGGAGCCAAAGCUGUUUUGGAGAUGGGCUUAGCAUGUCUCAAUCACUUUCCCCUAUUUGCUGUGAUGCUACGGCUGAAAGACUCGAGACGGCUCCCAGGUGGUAUAUACUUUGAACUACAAGAUGUGCCCAUCAUCGAUGGUAUUACGCAACGCGCCUCGCAUCCCGCCCCAGCGGCCUAUAUACUGCUCAAGUCAGUACCACUAUCACUCCGCGCAAUGUUCCAGUCCUAUUUCGAACUUGGUGCGCGCAUACGAAAACACUACUUUUCACCCAGUGUUUUGCUAUGUCUUGUCUCGGGCCAAUUCGUACCGCCGAUUCACCGCCGCAACCUGUACAGUCUACAGUACAGCAUGCUCCCUGCGAAACGAGCAAGUAUAGACGAGCUGUGGCGGAAACUAAUGGGACAGGAGACUUCGUCAUCGCACAUGCAGAAUGGGCACCCUGCGCAAGCGAUGAGGCCGACAGAGGAUGUUCGUCUUGGACUGGGGAGGAGUCUCCGUCCCUUCUACCGCCGUUUGCACGAACUCUUGGUUCUUCGCUGGCGUGAGAUUUCAGCCCAUUCUCAUGCUGUCGUUGGCCGUGCUUUAUGGUCAGGCUUUAUUUUAUACACCCUGGCGAUUACAAAUCACCCUUCGCAUAUCUUACACAAGAAUCGCAACCAAUGGGACAGGAUGCCCCCGACUGCGUACACAUACAUCAGAGUGCAUGUUGCCUCGACUGUCGACAAUUGCAUCAGUGUGCCAACGUACCAACAACAGCUCAGGAUGGAGAGCACAUCCUACUACGAUCUGGGUGAAUACGCCCGGGAAGUCAGCACCACGUCUGACGAAGCACGAACGUGGUUCACUCGCGGCCUAGUAUGGUGUUACUCGUUCAAUCAUGAAGCAGCCACGGUAUGCUUUGAAAAGGCGGCAGCACACGAUGCCAACUGCGCCUUGGCUUACUGGGGGGUUGCAUACGCAGUCGGGCCCAACUAUAACAAAGUCUGGCGAAUGUUCACACCAUCUGAUCGCCAGACGUCUGUCUCAAAGAUCUGGGCUGCCUUGGCCCAGGCUGACAAGAUUGAGGCCGAUAUCACGCCCCUGGAGAGGGCACUGCUCACGGCCAUCCGCACUCGUUUCCCGCGCGAUCAUCUCGACAUCCCAGAAGAUCUAUCGCCGUUCGACUACGCCUAUGCUGAAGCUAUGCGUCCCGUCUAUGAAGCCUACCCGGACGACCUCGACGUCAUAGCCUUGUUUGCUGAUGCUAUCAUGUGCACCCGGCCUCGUAGGUUGUGGGAUCUCAAUACCGGAAAGACGACUGGAGCAGACGUAGAUGAGGCAAGAGCGGCUUUGGAGAAAGGGCUGGCUCGACCCGAUGGCCUCUUACAUCCAGGCAUCUGCCAUUUGUAUAUCCACAUGAUGGAAAUGUCGCCCUUUCCCGAGUUGGCCCUGCGUGCAGCCGACAGUCUACGGCGCCUUGUCCCAGAGGGUUCUCACAUGCAACACAUGGCCACACACAUCGACACAUCUAUCGGAGACUAUCGACGCGGUGUUGAUUCCAACUGGCAGGCUAUACGCGCCGAUGACAAAUACUUCUCACGUGGAGAAGCUGCUUCUACUCUUUACACCACAUAUCGAUCGCAUAACAUCCACGCCAUGGCAUAUUCUGCCAUGGCCUCUGGUCGGUCUGCGGAUGCUCUUUACGCUGCAAGACGCUUGCCUGAGAUCCUAACUGUGGAAUUUAUGGCAAUCCAGACACCACGUAUGGUAGACUGGGCUGAGUGGCAGACGGUGACACUACCUCAUACAUUAAUUCGUUUUGGUCGUUGGGAAGAGAUUCUUGAACUUGAGCCGCCAUCAGACCCAGAUCUGCUCUGUGUCUUGGCAGCGUCAGUUUAUUACGCUAAAGGUAUUGCUCUCGCAGUCCUUGGACGCACCGAGGAGGCUCGCCACGCAAGAGAAGUCUUUGAAAAGGCUCGUCAGGCUGUACCGGCAGAUCGCAUGUACGGCCCCUCUUCCUAUGCAGCCCCAGUCCUAGCUGUUGCCUCUGCAAUGCUUGAGGGUGAGUUGGAGUAUCGCGUAGGCAACUACGAGAAGGCGUUUUCUAUAUUACGUCGCGGCAUUGAGCAAGAGGAUGAGCUCGCUUACGCUGACCCGCCGCUCUGGAUGCAACCUACCCGUCAUGCGUUAGCCGCGCUACUUCUGGAACAAGGCCAUUCUGAAGAAGCAGAACAGCUGUAUCUCGAAGACCUAGGCUUUAGCGACACCCACCCCCGUCGAAAAGCACGCAUCAACAAUGUUUGGGGCUUGCACGGGCUCUAUGAAUGUUUUAUUCGAAAUGGAAAGCAUGAAAAAGCCAGAAGUAUCCGCCUUCAGCGCGACGUUGCAUUAGCUUCUGCCGAUGUCCCCAUAAAGGCCUCAUGUUUCUGUCGGCUCUCUGCGGUUAAAGAUGAGCCCAGUUGUUGUUCCAAAUAG